CCCAGUCUCUGCAUACACACCAUGGCCGCACCGAGCAGAUGCACAGCGCACAUCGCGACUGCCCUCAGGAGCAAUGCCACCCCGCGCAUCGCCGUCCGCACAUUCGCCUCCACAGCCCCCAGCGCAGCAUCACGGACACGCCUGCGCCAGGCCCAGCAAACGAUUGAGGCGCGCCGACAGUUCUCGAACACGUCCUACCGCCAGGCGCUCAAUACCAUCGACCAAAUCAAGGCCCGCAACAAGGGCGGCCCCUUCAACAUCACCGCCGCCCUCCUCUUCGUCACAACCGCCGGCGGUCUGUGGGCCUACUUCACAUACGAGAAGGAGCGCAUGGCGCGCAAGCGCGUAGCCGAGCAGACCAAGGGCGUCGGCAAGCCCAAGGUCGGCGGCCCCUUUGAGCUCGUGGACCAGGACGGCAAGGUGUUCAGCUCCAACGAUAUGCUAGGCAAGUAUUCGCUGGUGUACUUUGGCUUCACGCAUUGCCCGGAUAUCUGCCCGGAUGAGCUGGACAAGAUGGCGUUGAUGUAUGAUAAGGUGCGGGAGAAGUGCGGGAAUGUGUUGUUGCCGCUUAUGAUCACGUGUGAUCCUGCGCGAGACAGCCCGGCGGUGCUGAAGGAGUAUCUGGCGGAGUUUCACCCGGAUUUCAUUGGGUUGACGGGGAAUCACGAGCAGAUCAAGGAUACGUGCAAGGCGUAUCGCGUGUACUUCAGCACGCCAAAGGAUGUCGCGCCGGGGCAGGACUACCUGGUCGACCACAGCAUUUACUUCUACUUGAUGGACCCUGAGGGCGAUUUCGUCGAAGCCAUCGGCCGCAACUUCACCGCGGACCAGGCCGCUAAGGUCAUUGCUGACCACGUCAAGGAUUGGGAAAAGCCGCUGAGGAAGGAGGCGCGCUGGGAGUAGGCCGAGCGCAUUGUACUUGUAUGUAUGACUUACCUUAGACCUGUACCUAAACAUAUGUAGAACAACACUGUACAAUCAGCAAUCAGCAAC